AUGGCGAAAGUGAAGGAGUACGAGGACAUUCUAGGCCAAGUAUUUGGGGAUUCUGACUCAGAGAGAUCUCAGCCCUCGUCCGACACUAUCCUUUGGUCUGGCCAGGGGGAACAGGACGGGGACAGGACAAGGACAGGACAGAGGACACUGCAUCAAUCCUGGCCCAGGACCCAUGCACGUCGCCUGCAUUCGAUAAAUCCUGACAGCACUGGCAGGACCCAUCUCAGAAGGAACUUCCUUUGGCUUCACGCCCCUCCAUUUGAUGGGGUGCGAAUUGCGAUUCAGCAGGGUGCGAUGCGACUUAUCCGCAAUGUCCGUGUACGAGGGAGUUCGAGUUUCCUCGAGAUCCCUGCGCCGGCUACAUCCUUGGCCGCAUUAAGUGUAGACAUUAUUCAUUUUUGAUGAUGAAUUUCCAUGUCUCGCAUGUCUAG